CUCUCCACUAUUCUUCAGCCGGGAGCCUGUCGCCUGCAUCGCCACCGCCACGGCCACCGCUGCUGCUGCUGUAUGACUUCCCUGCCGGCGUCCGUGGACCCUGCUGGCAGUUAUCGAGGGUGUUUCCACUCCAUUGGGAAGCCUGAAGAAAGAGGGGUCAGUCUCUAAGAAGUGAUUAUUACUCUAGGCUGUUUGGGUGCAUUGUUUACAACUUUCCUGCCUAAGGGUCUAAUUGAAAUCAGCUGUGGAGAGAUGCAUCUCUAGUAUGACGACCCUUAGCAAUGUCAUCGCCACCCACCAGUCUGAGUGGGUAUCUUUCAAUGAGGAGUCACUCUUUCCUGUUACUUCAGAAGGUGGCCCUGAGAAUCUUGUUACAGGGCUGUCUUCUUCCUCAGACCGGUCAGAGAGUUCCUCUGGGGAAAACCAGACAGUCGAUGGAGAAUCACAGGAGCUCUCUCACUCAGAGCAGGGUGAUAGCUCGGAGAAGCUGGGUCUCAUCUCAGAGCCAUCAUCUCCACCUGACAACAUUGUACAGCCCAAACCUGAUUUGGCCUCCACCAUUAGCACCUGGGUUCAAUUUGAAGAAGAUACACAAUGGACCAGCACUUUGACAACUCACAAAGAAACAGGUGGGGCUGGUGGCAAGGCCCUCCCGCUAACUGUCUCCUGCUGGACAUGUCCCUCCUUUGACUCCUUGGGAAGAUGUCCCCUUGCUUCAGAGAGCAGCUGGACCACCCAUUCUGAGGACACUAGUAGCCCGAGUAUUGGCCCAUCAUAUACAGACAUGCAGGCUCUUGAUGCUGAGGAGCAGACAAGUGGCGGGGCUUCGGGAGCAGAUUCUGCUGGUAAGACAAACCAAGACAAUUCUUCCUCUCUCCAGGAAGAUGAAGAAGUAGAGAUGGAAACCAUCAGCUGGCACACUAGUGGCCCAGUCAUGAAUGGGCAUUCUGCCACCCCAGUGACCUCAGUUCGUUUCCCCAGCUGGGUGACUUUUGAUGACAAUGAAAUCAGCUGCCCUCUGCCACAAAGCACCUGUGCUUUAAAACCAGACCCAGCAUCCAUUGUAUCUCCUAUCCAAGAUGUGAAUUGUAACUUAACUGAAUCCUUUAAGAGAGAACGUCCCAAGAGUAGCUUGGUAGACUUCUCAAAAGUUCAAAAACUAAAUAUUUCCUCCUUAAACCAAUCACCUUCCAUAAAUGAGCCCCCACCUUGGAGGGCAACCAACCCCUUCCUGAAUGAGACCCUGAGGGAUGUGCAGCCUUCUCCCAUUAACCCUUUCAGUGCCUUCUUUGAGGAGCAGGAAAGACGUUCCCACAAUAAUUCCAUCUCCAAUACCACAGGAAAAAGCCAAAGGGAUUCUCUCAUUGUUAUACAUCAAGAGUCAGAUGCCAUCACCUUUGAUGAUUCAGUCAAGAAAAGAACACACUCUGAUGCUGUUGAGAAGCUCAAACAACUACAGAUUGGGGAUCCCGAUCACCUUGGUAGCACCACUCUACCUGAUGAUGACCCAGCAUCGUGGGGUGGGCUGGAUGAGGAGCUGAAGAGCUCAGCCCUAUCUCGGCCCAGAGAUGGUUGGCCCAUGAUGCUAAGGAUCCCUGAAAAGAAGAACAUUAUGUCUUCCAGGCAUUGGGGACCAAUCUAUGUAAAGCUCACAGAUAGUGGCUGCCUACAGUUGUAUUAUGAGAAGGGCUUGGAGAAACCGUUCCGAGAGUUCAAACUGGAGAUCUGCCAUGAGAUUUCUGAACCUAAGCUCCAGAACUAUGAUGAAAAUGGGAGAAUCCACAGCAUGCGAAUAGACCGUGUUACAUACAAAGAGAAGAAGAAGUACCAGCCUAAACCAGCUGUGACUCAUAUGGCUGAACGGGAGCAAGUAAUUAAGCUAGGAACCACCAGCUAUGAAGACUUCCUGAGUUUCAUCAGGGCAAUUCAGGACCACCUUAUGAGUUUGCCAGUGUCAUCCAUGGACCUAAGCACAGUGGGUUUGAACUAUUUAGAAGAGGAGAUUACAGUGGAUGUCAAAGAUGAAUUCUCUGGAGUCUUGAGUAAUGGAGACAACCAGAUUCUUCACCACCAAGUCCUAACACAUAUUCACGUGCUAAGUUUUCUCUCUGGACUUGCAGAGUGCCACCUGGGCCUCAAUGACAUCCUUGUGAAAGGGAAUGAAAUAGUCUCCCGGCAGGAUAUCAUGCCCACCACCACCACCAAGUGGAUAAAACUUCAUAACUGCCAAUUCCACGGGUGCGUAGAUGAAGAGGUGUUCAACAGCUCCCGAAUCAUCCUGUUCAACCCCUUAGAUGCAUGCCGCUUUGAAUUAAUGAGGUUUAGAACAGUUUUUGCAGAAAAGACCUUGCCUUUCACACUGAGGACUGUGGCAAACAUCAAUGGGGCAGAAGUGGAGCUGCAGAGCUGGCUAAGGAUGUCAACUGGCUUCUCCUCUAAUCGUGACCCUCUCACCCAGGUUCCCUGUGAGAACGUGAUGAUCCGGUAUCCAGUGCCCAAUGAGUGGGUGAAAAAUUUCCGGAGGGAAAGUGUUCUAGGGGAGAAAUCUUUAAAAGCCAAAGUGAACAAGGGGGCCAGUUUUGGAUCAACCAGUAUAUCUGGCUCUGAGCCAGUCAUGAGAGUAACUUUGGGUACUGCCAAGUAUGAGCAUGCUUUCAACUCCAUUGUGUGGAGGAUAAAUCGACUACCUGACAAAAACUCAGCUUCUGGCCACCCUCACUGCUUCUUCUGCCACCUUGAACUUGGCUCUGACCGGGAAGUGCCUUCCAGAUUUGCCCGCCACGUAAAUGUUGAGUUCAACAUGCCAACCACCUCUGCCUCCAAAGCCGCUGUCAGAUCCAUCUCUGUGGAAGACAAGACUGAUGUCAGGAAAUGGGUCAACUAUUCUGCACACUACAGCUACAAGGUGGAAAUUGAACAGAAACAGAAUUUGAAAUCGGACUUUGAGGGCGACAGAAUUGAAAAUCCCAAGGAGUGUGGGGUACAGUGAACAAGACAUGUUGCACCGAAGCAAUGAUGGUUUCUCAUCCUGCCUAAUAGAAGUACAAGUCAGUACUUUACCACAACCACUCAUCAAUGUGGCAGUGUCUUGGAAUUUCCUGCUCACAACCUCCUGGAUUUAGACAGGAAACUGAAUGGUGGUUGGUUUGGCAAGGCUGGUUGGCUUUAGAUUAUGCAUUGAACAUGUAGUUCAAUUGACUUUGGGGCUAACUGUCCAAUUAAGCCUGCCUAUCUCUCUGACUUUUCUCUGCUUGCCUUUCGGAAGUGAUGUGUGGUAUGUAGACUGCUUUAGACAUAACUCCGUCCAUCUCAGAGUUGGAAUAUUUCCCCAUGAUACGUAUUCUUCCAUCACUUGUGUGAGUUUCCUUAAAAAAAAAAAAAGACAUGUGUAUGUGUUGGGGAAUUGGGUGGGGACACAGUUCCUGAGGGGAUAAAUUCACCAAGUAUUAAUCUCUCCAUCUCUUAAGUUCAGAAGAGAUGUAAAACCAAUAUGGCUUCCUUUCUAUCUGGACCCCUUUGAUGUGCCUCUUCACACUUUAAAUCUGAACACUAAGCAACACAAGAUUUCAAAAGCAUUUUUAGUCUUCACUUUAGAAACACUUUCUUUAUCCUUCUAAGAUUUCAGUUCCAUAAACUUUCCCUUACAAGGUUAUUCACACUAGGUCAUGGUAGGAAUUAGAGACAAAGGCCCAAGAGAGUACCUUUUUUAAAGAUUAGAUCAGCAGUCCUGUGCCAGGGAAUCAUUUGAAAGAAAAGAAAGUUUAUUUGAAUAAAGUCUUUUUCAGCCCAGGGCAUUAGUCACCAGUUUAUAUUCAAGUCAUGAGAGGAACACUUUCAUUCUGUAUGUGAAGUAAAUACUGUUUGUAUUUAGGAGAACCUUAAAAAUAAAAAUGACAAAAAUCUUUAUUUAUACUUCAGAGUAGAUACACAGGUACUCCUUAACACCUACAUUUCACUUGAAAAUAAUUUUUUAAAAAUAAUUUUAGAACAUAUUUUUAAAAUUUUGCUUAUAUGGACUUGCCCAAAGUAUCAGUAACAUGAUGAAGUUGUUAUUUGUUCUUUUUUACAAAUCUAAUAGUAGCACAGACCUCAGUCUUGUAGAGGGAAGGAAUGUUUUUGUUUUUGAAUAUAGAAUCCUGGUUCUGAGGACAUUGCAUUUGGGACGCUAAAUUUUCUUUGCACUUCCCUUACCCUUAGCCACAUUUGGUGCCAUCUCCUCCACCUCCCCCCAUCUAGCAUAAUUUUGCCUGUCAAAAGCAUAAUUGGCUUUCCCUUCCUCUCGGCUGAGGGGGGUUGCUCCUUCUUGGUCUUCUCAUCUGCAACAUCCUUCUAAUGAAAAACACACACUACCUUUUAGCAAGUGCGCAGAUGGCACAAAACUGUUAGGGAUAGGUAGAACACUGGACAAAUCAAACCAGACUUUUUAAAAAUUGAUGGGCUUCAAAAAUGAGGUUAAAUUAACUAAAUAAAUAUAAAACCCCAUGCUUUCAAAAAAAAAUCACACAAGAAGAGAAAAAAAUAUAGCUAACCUAAUAGCAAUAAGGAAAAAAAAAUUGUUGGAGGAAAAAAAAAAUAUGUGGAUUUAGUUCAUUGUAAGGUCAGUAUGAGCCAACAGUGUGUCAUACUGCUUUAAAAAGCUAAUACAAUCUUAGACUAUAUUAAUAGAGAAUAUACUGCUCAGAAAAGGCAGGGAUAAACCCCACUCUCCAGUUAGAUCAUACCCGGACUAUCCGGUUAAGUUACAAGUUCGAUUAUGUCCACAAGGGGGUGACCAGAACUAUGCAGGCUUUGGGAACUAUGCCAUCUGACAAUCAGUUGAAGCAACCUGGAAUGUUGAACCUGGAAAAAGAAAUGAUACCUGACUGCAAGCAUUUGAAGAGCUGUCACCCAGAAGAGGGAAUGAGUUUUUCUGUUUGACCCCAGGAAAGAACAGAAAGUUCCUAAAAUCUUUCUGCUGCCAUUUGUUCAGGAAAAAAAAAAAAAAGAUAUUUACAUUAAUUUUGUACUUAUCCGGAAGUCAUUAGGAUACUAUGACCCUAAGCCCCAUUUAGGGGUUUCUUGGCUUAGCGCAUUGUGUAUGACUGGCCUAAGGAACAUGGCUUUCGAAAAUUACCCUUCAUUUCUGAUGUGAAAAUUUACUAACUGCUUUGGAGGAGGAUUUAUACAUGACUACAAAGAGCCCUCCCUGUGGCACAAGAUUAUGGAGUAAGACUUUUUCAUCAGAAAAAACAGGUCAAGCUAUUCCACAGGCUAUAAGCUUUUUUAGUUCCCUUGUUUUAGGUCUAGUACCUUACUUGGUAACCCAAGUAAAAGACUAAGAAAUGAUCUCAGGAGGACCUAAUGAAAAAACACAUCUAGGACAGGUAUUUUUUGAACCAUUAACUCCCUCCUCCCUAAACUCUCACUCCUAGUGACCAUUUGUUAUAUUUUAUCUACAUUUUUGCAUUUUACCAUUUGGUUGAGGGCUCUUACUUGGCCAGUCUAUUUUUUUGUUAUUUCUGGUCACUUUCAUUCUUUCUUUUUUCACAAUUGCCAGGACUCAUAACACGUAUGAAAUGUAAAUAAAGACAUUUUCACCUUUCAAA